AUGGAUCAAUUGAACUCAACAUUAUCUUCAUUGUCUGAUGCAGAUUUGAUUGCAACAAUAAAUUAUGUCGCACUUCAAAUUGUUCGUUACUUUGCAAUUUGUAUCUUUCUUUUUGGUUCGAUUGGAAAUAUUCUCAAUGUUUUGGUUUUGUCUCAAUUACCAUUUCGUCUUAAUCCAUGCGCUGUACUUUUUCUAUUCUCAUCCGUAGUAAAUUUUGUUGCCAUUCUUUCUGGUCUUCUUUCACGAAUAUUAUCUGGUUGGGGAGCAGAUCUAACAGCAACAAAUCGAUUUUUUUGCAAGCUUCGUGGUUUGGUUGUGAAUACUGCAAGAACAGUAGCGAUUUGGUAUAUACUUUUUGCUAUAAUUGAUCGAUGGCUCCUAUCAAGUUCUAGAUUGCAUCGUCGACAGAUGAGCUCAUUGAAAAAUGCUAAACGAGCUAUGAUUAUUAGUCUUAUUUUAGUUACUAUGAUUUUUUCACAUGUUAUCUAUUGUCAUGAACCAAAUCUUAUUGAUGCUCCACAGAAAUGUUAUGGUGUAACAACAGCAUGCCGAUUAGCAACAGAUAUAUCAUUUAUUUUUUUUUCUAUUUUUCCUUUGCCUCUCAUGUUAAUAUUUGGUUUGAUGACCAUCUACAAUGUUCGUCAAUCAAGAAGUCGAGUCGCUCAUAGAUCUACAUCAGUGGUAACAAAUCCGAUAACAACCAAUACAAAUCCACGACGUCGAAUGACUAAGCAAGAUCAAAAUCUAUUAGUUAUGCUUCUCGUACAAAUUUUUAUUCUUUUCAUAUUAUCUCUUCCGUUGAGUAUUCAAAAGUUAUACUCAACAAUAGUGGUUAAUAGAUCAUCAUCUGCAUUGCUGGAUGUUAUUGACAAUCUGGCCUAUAGUCUUGUUCAAUUACUUCAUUUCUUAUCAAAUGGAAUGCCAUUCUAUAUUUAUACGUUGGCUGGUGGAAAAGUGUUUCGUGAAGGCUUAUUCAAAUUCUUCGUCAAUAUAAGACAUCAAAUCUUUCAUAGAUGA